UUUCUAUCCACUCCGGUCUCUCCCCUCUGCCAGCCUGCCUGCCUGCCUGCCAAGCCAACCGAACCUUUCGGUCUGACCACUGUACUAGACUCAUCCACCCAAAAGAAAAACUCAAGACUUCAACAUGUCUAGCUUCAGGAGCACUUCUUACAGUGUGAAGGCUACCCCCACCCAGAGAAACUACAGCAGCAGAUCCUAUGCUGGACCAAGCAGUGGCUCCACCCGGAUAAGCUACGGUGUCAAGUCUAACUAUGGAGGAGGCAGCAGGGGCUUUGGGGGAGGUAGUGUCAUCAGCAGCAGCAGUGCCUUUGGCUUGGGCUCAAGCAUGAGCGGUGGAGGCAUGGGCUAUGGUGGUGGUAUGGGCAUGGGUGGUGGUAUGGGCAUGGGCAUGGGCAUGGGUGGUGGUAUGGGCAUGGGUGGUCAGGCCCCCAUCACCGCGGUGACUGUGAACAAGAGUCUGCUGGCCCCUCUGAACCUGGAGAUUGACCCCAACAUCCAGGUAGUCCGCACCCAGGAGAAGGAGCAGAUCAAGACCCUCAACAACCGCUUUGCUUCCUUCAUUGACAAGGUGCGCUUCCUGGAGCAGCAGAACAAAAUGCUGGAGACCAAGUGGAACCUGCUGCAGGGACAAACCACCACCCGCUCUAACAUUGACGCCAUGUUCGAGGCUUACAUCGCCAACCUGCGCAGACAACUCGACAGCCUGGGAAACGACAAGAUGAAGCUGGAGGCUGACCUGCACAACAUGCAGGGUCUGGUGGAGGACUUCAAGAACAAGUAUGAAGACGAGAUUAACAAGCGCACAGAAUGUGAGAAUGACUUUGUCCUCAUCAAGAAGGAUGUGGAUGAGGCCUACAUGAAUAAGGUGGAGCUGGAGGCCAAGCUGGAGAGUCUUACAGAUGAGAUCAACUUCCUCAGGUCGAUCUACGAGGAGGAACUGCGUGAGCUCCAGAGUCAGAUCAAGGACACCUCAGUCAUUGUGGAGAUGGACAACAGCCGUAACCUGGACAUGGACUCCAUUGUGGCUGAGGUCAGGGCUCAGUACGAGGACAUCGCAAACCGCAGCCGUGCUGAAGCUGAGACGUGGUACAAGACCAAGUACGAGGAGAUGCAGACAUCCGCCAGCAGAUAUGGAGAUGACCUGAGGUCUACUAAAACAGAGAUCGGAGACCUGAACCGCAUGAUCCAGAGAUUGACAUCAGAGAUCGAUGCCGUUAAGGGACAGCGUGCCAACCUGGAGGCCCAGAUCGCUGAGGCAGAGGAGCGCGGAGAAAUGGCAGUGAAGGACGCCAAGUCCCGCAUCAGAGACCUGGAGGAUGCCCUGCAGAGAGCUAAACAGGACAUGGCCCGCCAGAUCAGAGAGUAUCAGGACCUGAUGAACGUCAAGCUGGCUCUGGACAUUGAGAUCGCCACCUACAGGAAGCUGCUGGAGGGAGAGGAGGACAGGCUGGCUAACGGCAUCAAGGCAAUCAACAUUUCCCAACAGAGCACAAGCUACGGUGGUUUCCCCAUGGACAGCAUGAAGAGCAGCUACUCCUCAAGCAACUACUCCAGCGGCGGCGGAUACAGCAGUGGUGGCGGAUACAGCAGUGGUGGAGGAUACAGCAGUGGUGGCGGAUACAGCAGCAGCAGCGCAUACGGCAGCGGAGGCGGAUACGGCAGCGGCAGUGCCGGUGGCUACAGCACCAGUGCCGGCAGUGGCAGUGGCGGCAGCGGCUACAGCACCACCACCCAGACCAAGAAGAACGUCGUUAUCAAGAUGAUCGAGACCAAGGACGGCAGGGUGGUGUCCGAGUCUUCUGAGGUCAUCGAGGAUUGAGCUGUCUAGUUUAGAGGUGUAGUUACCUGUCUGCUAGUUUUCCUGUUUUAUACUUACAGUUCACGCCCCUCAAAGUCUCAUCAUAAAAAAGUCUGAAGUCAAACGCUUGCCAGCCACUCUUACGUAGAGCUUAAAAUAUUUUCCAUGAAGAAGUGAAUGAUCCUAACACUACCAAAGAUCUGAAAGGGACCAAAGAGUUUGUUUUUUUACGUCUGGUGUCUGACUGUCUGUCCUUAAAGUCGUGUUGUCUCAGAAAGUGAGAACAAAAUGGGCAAAUUGCAAAUAAGAAUGAAGAUUUUUAUAAAUAGCGCUCCCUUUGAAAUCUAUGCAACAUGUAUUCCAUUUCAUUCCAAAGUGUGUUGCAUCAAACGGACCGUGAUAUCGUAAAAAGGACUGUGAAUGUACUGAAACAGUGCUUCAGCAUUGUUGGUCAACUAAUGUCUUAACUCGCCUGCUACAGUAGGUAGUGCAUGUCUUCCCUGUGCGUGUCUUGUAACUGAAAUUGUUGGACCCCUUAGGAGGCUGCCCACGUCACACUGUUGUCCUGAGGUGCUGUUUUUGCUACCAAACAAAAUAAAAAUGUGUUUACUGAAAAACAAAAA